AUGGGUCGCCUCCUGAUACCGCGUACAUGGCGACUGUCAAGCAUCGUCUGGUUCCUCAUGGUCUUUGAACUGCCCUUCACCAUCGCCAACCUCACCCUCUUCGGUGUCGCAUCACCCAACCUGUAUCGCACGAUUCUGUGGAGAGAAGGAGGACGGAUGGGCUUCAACUCUGACCCGAGUACGAUUGUUUAUGCAUAUGCAAAUUAUCGGCCAGUCAACAUUCCAUUGAUCUGGAGUUCUUUUAACACGGAGUACCAUCUGGUCAUUGGAGUAGUCUGCAUGUUCUUCUGGCUUGUCAAGGCCACGCUGUGGCUACUUCACGUCUUCUACCCAAUCGUCUCACUUCUUCUACACAUCGGUCUCAUGUCUAUCUGGGCAUAUGGCAUUCAUAUCCAGACCUCGCCCGACACCAUCGACCCUAAGCGCAUCAAUAAGGGUGUGCCCUGGUACCUUAAGAAGAGCUGUGACAUCGUCGACGAUAAGAACAUCCGAAGCUACUGCAUGCAAGCGAAGAGCUCCUUUGCUGUCAGCAUAAUCAUGUUCUCCAUUUACGUGUUCUUCAUCAUCCUCUCUGCCUACUCCCUCGUCCCCACCGCGGCGCAGAAGCAAGCCCACGCCGCCAAACUCGCCGCAAAGAAAGCCGAAAAGGAAAAAUGGGCACAAUACUCCGACGACUACGAAACGUCAGCAGAAGAACAAUGGCAACACAUGUGGGAGCUCCAACAACUACCCCGAACCCCGGGAACAUCGGGGGGCGUAAAGAGUCCCAUGACUCCACGCACACAAGCCUUCAACAGCUUGGGCGGCGACGAGACUGGGCACGGCGGCUACUACAGUAAUGUACCCAAGAAUCCAAAUGCAUGGCAUCCUGGGCACGGUGGCGUGACAGUGCAGGCCAUCAGCCCAGUGAUGGAGCAAGAUGAGUACAUGAGUCAGUAUGGCAGUGAGGGCAAGGGCAAGGGCCAUGCGUCCUGA